AUGGCCUUCCGGGCACGCGUCAACCCCGCCUCCUUGCGGCGCCGUGUCCGCGCGCCAACAAUCCCGCGUCCACCGCUGGGGCGCCCCCCACUACCACUGUCGACGCCAGCAGCAGCGGGCCCUGGACCCGCGACGCUCCUAUCACGCGGCCUCUACACCACGCCUCCGCGCACUAGUUUGCGCUCCUUCCUGGGCUUUAGAGAGCCCACGGAUGCGGACCACGUCGUCGAGGCAGCAACGAAGCGCGACACCGACCUCGUAACCAAGUGGCAGCAGUACAUCAACACACUAGAUCUCUCUUCCUCCCGCCGGCUCACGGCUGACGAGACGAUCGUCGUCCUGCAGGCGACCGAAGCACUCCGCACCACUCGUGGCGUGUUACAAAGUGCGCUAUCUAAAAUGGCGGCGGAGUGUUACACGACUCUGCCCAACCAUGAGCGAACGCCUGAGCUCGACAAAACCGCCGUGCUCGUCCUCGCCGCGCGACAUUCUGACAUGGCUCUCAACAUCGCAUCGGGAAACCCAGAGGCCAUGGGUCGCGAGGAGUGGGAUGCGCUCACCCGCGUGCGCCGGUUCGGCGACUAUGUCGACCGACUAUUCGACAUUGUGCCCCCCGACGAUCACUCAUUCUACGUGCUGCUCGAGCAGGCGAGCAAAUCGGAUCACAUCGCUCGUGUCGAAGCGGUUAUGGCAAAUCUCGGCGUGAAAGCGGGGCCAUGGACCGAGGUUGGGUUGGCGCGGGCGUACACUGAAGUUGGCCUCAACGACAAGGCCGAGGCACUUGUCACGUCUUGGCCCCAAGAAGACGUGGUUGAUGAUGAGCUCAGGCAAGCCCGUUGGCGUGUGCGCGUCGCCGUCGCCGUGAACCGCGCAGACGCGGAGACUGUGCGCAUGCUUUCCAAGCGCGAGAACGCACUUGACGACGUCCCCGCAGACGCCCUCGCCUUCCUCGUACUUGACGGGCUCCCCGUCGCUCCAUCCGUUCCCGACAUCCUUGCUGGCUUCAGCCACACCGCCGACCUAUGUGGGUACCUGCUUCCACCUGACGCGUGGGACCAGGUGCUCCUCACUCUCCUUGAACGCGACACGAGCCUUGACAUCGUGUGGAACGUCAACAGCCAGCGGUACAGCGCGCCAGGUGGGGCGCUUGCUGCCGAACUGAUCCAUCGGUUGACGGCGAAGAGCCCACCACUCUUCAACGAGGCGCUCCAGGUGUACACGGACGCCACCACGAUCGAGGAUGCCCCGACCAUGCACAUUGACGUGUUCUACGACCUGCUCCUUGCUGCGAUUACCGUUGAGCCCACGGACGAGGUGCGCGAGGCUGUUCUUUCCCACAUCCUCAUCGACAUGAGUAUGGUCAGGCAGCGUCUCGGCGCACGGUUUGCACACAAACUGGUCCGGAAGAUGUGGAACCGCUUCGCGGUCGACCACCCCGACGCGUGCGGCAUGUAUGACGCUGUGCUCUCGGUCUCGCACCCUCUCUCCAGAGAACAGUGGGAGCAACUCCUGUUGGACUUUGUCCAGCUGUCAUUCCCAAACUCGGCUGUGCCGACACCAGAGCUCCUUGUGCGAAUGAUCGGCGACAUGCGAGCAGCGGGCUUUUCCCCCGGCUCGCAGGUUCUCACCAAGCUCCUCUGGGCGUACGCGGACAUGGCCAAGUUGGUCAGCAAGUACGAGACGCGUGGCGCCGCUGGCGUUCACAGGGAGCUCCUCGCGGCGACGCGCGAUGUGCAAGCACUUCUGAACCUCGACGCUGGCCUCGAAGUCAACCUGCGCCUCCUCACAGCGCUCAUGUGUGCGCUGCAGGCCUGCGGCGCGUAUGACGACGCGUUCAACGUGUGGGCCGAGAUUGUGCGGAUGCACAAGAGCUUCCCGGCCGACGAGAUGGGCGCCGCCGUCGCGGUCAUGCUCGACGCGUGCGGGCAUGCCGAGCGCGUCGAUCGCGGACUCAAAGUGUGGGCGUGGGCAAGCCGACGCGGGUUCGCCAACAACGAGAAGGACUGGGAGGCAUACAUCGAGAUGCUGGCGCGUAACAACCGGUUCCAUGAGGCAGUCGAUGCCGUCGCCGAGAUGAAGGCCGAGAUGGAGCCCAAUUAUGAGAUCGCGGUGACGCCAAUGACGUUUGCGCGGGGGACACCGCACUUCAAGGCUGUGCGGCGACGCCUUGCCGACCUGUUUCCGGAAUGGCAUAACCGACUGUUCGACGACUUUGUCACCCGAUAG